UCUGGAGGCAGGCUGCUCGCGCUGCUGACACCGUUCACCUCCAACGGAGGAACUUUUUGGAGUUCUCGGGCUCUCCUGGCUCAAGUCAAACAGGCUGAGAGAAACCCGCUGCAGCCCGCACAGCCUCGGCGCUACAGGCAGACAGAGGAGGGCGACGGGCUCGUCUACAGCCGAGGAACACUGCAACGUUACAAUUUCUCUUUAAUUUGUCAGGGCUAAGUUAGCUCAUUCUGAUGGUUGGAAUUCCGUAUCUACAAGAAUAUGUUGAGGAAUACACACGUUUUUCUUACUCGUAAGAAGUGAGGAGGUUUUUUUUACAGAACAGAAUCUGGACCCUUUUCCCCCCUUGCAAACUUUUAUCUUUACUUCUUCAUUGUGUGUGGAUAUGGCUCGGAUAUAUUUGGGGUUUUUCCUUUCCUUUGGGAUGUUUCUCUUCACGCUUUGUGUGUCACCGGAGCGGCAGCAGAGCCAGAGCGGCUUCAGGAGGCUGUACGUACUGCAGCCCGGGCCGGGGCCCGGGACGGCCGGAGCCAACGGCGGGGUGCGAGUCAGCUCCAUCUCGAGUCUUCACGGCCUGUCGGGGCAACCGCACACGUAUAAUGUGGAGCUCACAGCCAACUUUGGCGGCCAGGUCCGGAGCCGCAGGAUGGGGAAGCAAGCGGCGUCAGCCCCGCAGCAGCCGGCAGUCCGGCAGGAACAGAGCCAGAAGCAGCUCCUGAAGCUGUCCGGGGUGAAUGUCUGUGGAGGGCAGUGCUGUCACGGCUGGAGUAAAUCUCAGGGAUCACAGCGGUGCACGAUGCCCAACUGCAUCCCUCAGUGCCAUAAUGGAGGAAUGUGCCUCAGGCCUCAGCACUGUGUCUGCAAACCUGGCUCAGAGGGGAAGGCAUGCGAACAGAAGACUGUACCCACACACUCCUUUCCACCGCGGCCUGGGAACGGACCCACCAACGGGCACAACACUGGUCACACAAGCGGGCACACCACUGGUCAUACUAAUGGACACACUUCUGGCAACACCAAUGUACACAGUGUGGUACCCCAGCGGCCAAUACCUCAGCAAGUGCCUCCUAAUGGUUAUGGCUCUGGCCCCUCUCCAUCUAACAACAUGGGCCAGAUGAAACUAACUGUCAAGCCAGCCCCGCAGUUUGUGCGGCCACAUUACAUACAGCAACACAUCCAACAGCAAAUUCGACCUGUGCCAGUUCACCCUGGUCAGAGCCAGCAGUAUAUUAUAAAGCCCAAAUACUACCAAAGGCACACCACUCACACACAGACUCACAUCCAGACCCAGCCUGAAAGGCCUAUCCCCCUAACAGUGGGACACAACCCUAUCCACGCAGGCAACCAUACGGGAAGAAUCAAGGUGGUCUUCACGCCCACUGUCUGCAAACUGACCUGCAUAGGUGGCAGGUGUCACAACAACUGUGAGCGGGGAAACACCACCACCAUCAUCAGUGAGAAUGGUCAUGCCACAGAUACCCUGACAGCACCCAACUUCAGAGUGGUGGUGUGUCACCUGCCCUGUAUAAAUGGCGGUAAGUGCAGCACCAGGGACAAAUGCCAAUGCCCUCCAAACUUCACCGGAAAGUUCUGCCAGAUGGCGGUUCAGAACGGACACCAGCAGACAUCAGGAGGCUACAGCCAGAAUCAGGUCCACUCCACACACACCCUGCCUCUGACCUAUAGCAACGGCCAGACACCUGGCAUCGUCAACAUCCACAUCAAUCACCCCCCAGAGGCCUCAGUUCAGUUCCACCAGGUGUCUCAGUUGGACAAUUACAACAACAAUGGACAGCAAACAAAAGGCUCCUCCUCAUCCACUAGUUAUAGCUACCAUCACAGCGAAAGCAGCCAGAAGAUCCAGCACCAUGGCUACAACAUAGUCUAUCCGGGCCAGCACAGCUACCAGUUUCCUCAGUACCAGCCUGUCACCUCUAAGAAUGCACUGGGCCGCUGCUUCCAGGAGACAGCAGGCAGUCAGUGUGGAAAGGCUCUGCCCAUUCUAACUAAGCUGGAGCAGUGCUGUGGGACCAUUGGGACCUCGUGGGGAUUCCACAAAUGCCAAAAGUGUCCGAAGAAACCAUCUUUCCCCCUGAUAGAUUGCCCUCAGGGUUACAUAAGAGUCAACAGUUCUCAUUGCCAAGAUCUAGAUGAGUGCCAGCUACAGGGUGUGUGUCCAAAUGGAAACUGUGUGAACACUCUGGGCAGCUACAGGUGCACAUGUAAACCUGGAUAUGUCCCUGACCCCACGUUCAUCAUGUGCAUACCCAAAACACCCAUCCAAGAGGAGAAGGGGGCUUGCUUCCGUUUGGUCAGCUCGGGGAGGCAAUGUUUGCACCCAGUGUCUGCCCAGCUGAGCAAACAGCUUUGCUGCUGCAGUGUGGGCAAAGCCUGGGGCCCUCGUUGUGACAAAUGCCCCCCUCCAGGAACAGCUAAGUUCAAAGAAAUCUGUCCUGGUGGAAUGGGCUACACUGUUCUGCCAAAUCCUCCUGUCAAUAAGCCAAUUUAUCAGGAGCCCAUUGACCCACCACAACCCCUACCAACACCAGAGAGACCUGUGGAGGCGUUUGGAACACCGGAAGAGAUUAUACCAGUAGCAACCAGUUCACCAGAGCAGGAGCUGGUAAUUCCUGUGGGUAGCAUUAGUCCAGUAGUUGAACCUAUCCAGCCCCAGCUAUCUCCGGGUGUUUCCACUAUCAAGAUGGAGGCACCUUACCCAGAAGUGGUUGAGAGGAUUUCUCCUCCUGCACCAGUAGAGAUUCUUCCAACUAAUGCAGGCCAGGACAUCGCACCUACUCAGGCAGCAGAGGUAGAUGAGUGCCAGAUCAACCCUUAUAUUUGCGGCCACGGGAUUUGUUACAACACAGCUGAGAGCUAUAUCUGCCACUGUGAUGAAGGAUACCACCUGGAUGAGACCCAAACCACCUGCAUAGAUGUCGAUGAAUGUGAAAACAGGCUAGUGUGUCCUUCUGGUAUCUGCUACAAUGAGCCUGGUAGCUAUAGCUGCGGCUCCUGUCCGUCUGGCUUCUUGGGUCAAGGAGGCCAGUGUGUGGAUAUAGAUGAGUGCCAGGAUCAGAGAGUCUGUGUCAGAGGCCACUGCCAGAAUACUGAAGGCUCCUUUUUCUGUGUGUGUGGGCCAGGCUUCAGACUAUCGCCAGCUGGAGACCAGUGUGAUGAUGUGAAUGAGUGCACAGAGGAAGUCAGGCCAUGUAAGGAAGUGGGAGAGUGCGUCAACAAUCUGGGCUCCUACACCUGUACCUGCCCACAGGGGUACCGGCAGAUCAAUGGCACCAUCUGCAGUGAUGUCGAUGAGUGUGCCGACGACACAGAGCUGUGUUCCCCUCAUGGCAAAUGUCUCAACACAGAAGGAUCGUAUCUGUGUGUGUGCGACAGUGGAUUCACUGCUAGCCUCCACAUGCCAUCCUGUGAUGAUAUUGAUGAGUGUGGACUCAAUGAGACAAUAUGUGGCCCCCACAGCUUCUGUGAGAAUGGACUGGGUUCUUACCAAUGCCUCUGUGAGCAGGGCUACCAGGAGUCAUGGGAUGGCGAAGGCUGUGUGGAUGUGGAUGAGUGUGCGCUGCUGGGCAAUGUCUGUGGAGAGGCGCAGUGCGUAAACAGGGAUGGUAAAUUCCAGUGCGAGUGUCCUAGUGGCCAAGAAUACAACGGCAUGAUCGCCAAGUGCGAGCCGAUUCCCACAGCACCGUUGGUGGAGCGGAAGGAGUGCUACUACCGUCUGAAUGACGAGAACCUGUGUGAGAGUGUACUGACCAGCCAUGUUACACUGCAGGAGUGCUGCUGCACGCUGGGAGCUGGCUGGGGUGAUAACUGUGAGGUGCAUCCCUGUCCUGUCAAUGGCACAGACCAGUUUAACCAGAUGUGUCCAUCUGGAAGAGGUUUUAUUCCCAAUGGAGACUUCCUGUAUGGAGUACCCACUUCUGAUGUCUACAGGGAUGGAGAUGAAUGUUCACUGUUUGGUCAGGAGGUGUGUAAAGGAGGCUUCUGCAUGAAUACUGAGGGUAGCUACGAGUGUUACUGCAAGACCGGACAGGACUACGACCCCAUCAAACUGGAGUGCAGAGACCAACGUGAAACGGAGGAGAUAGACUAUGGGGACAUCUGCUGGCAAGAGGUCAGAAAUAUGAUGUGCAUCAAUCCACUUGGUCCUAACCAGAAGACCACGUACACCGAGUGCUGCUGUCUGCACGGAUAUGCCUGGGGCAUGCAAUGUGCCCUGUGUCCUUCCAGAGACACAGAGGACUACGCCUCCAUGUGUAACCUUCCUCUGAGUGGUGGGCGGCGGCCGUACGGUCGUGACGCUCUUGUUGCAGGUCCAGUUCAUGAAUAUGCUGUGACACCAGACUAUUCUCUAUCACUUGAAGCACGUCCCCACUAUGAUAUUGAAGAGUACCCAUACAGAGCUUUUGAGGGUUUGCGAGCAGAGGAGUGCGGAAUACUGAACGGCUGCGAGAACGGUCGGUGUGUCCGGGUUCAGGAGGGUUACACGUGUGACUGCUUUGAUGGAUAUACGCUGGACCUGUCCCGCAUGACCUGCAUUGAUGUUAACGAGUGUUUAGAACUAAACAACCGGAUGUCACUGUGUAAAAACGCCAGGUGCAUCAAUAAUGUGGGCUCCUACCAGUGUGUGUGUCUUCCAGGCUUUAAGGCCUCUGACAAACCCAACUACUGCGUGGAGGCGGAAAAACACCAGACAUCCACACACACACAGUGAGCGUGGACUGACCAGGAGGCGACAAGAGACACCAAAACCACAUGCAUAAUCUUGUAUUACUAUACUUGUGAGGACGUCCUCACACCACUUUCACUCAUUCUCAAAAUGUCAACAGCAAUCUUAAUUUGAACUGCUGGCCUUGGUUGUAGCAUACAGCAACAAUCCCAAAGUAACAAAAGUUAGAAUAAGUUAGUGUUGGUUAGUGUACCUUUAUUUCUUUUAUACAUUUCUGGAGGCAUAAUUCUUUUAAGGGCACUAUAAUUAGAAAUGCAGUAAUUUUUUUUGUGGCAGCGUGUGGAACCUGUCACUCUUCCUCGUGGAAAGUGAAAAGCCAGAGGCAGCAAAAUCAAUAGCACCAAGCAGACAUCACUCAAAACAAAUAAGACACUGGUCAAGCCAGAGACGGCAUGGAAAGAGCAGCUGGCCUGGAAGUGGGUUGCAAAGCAGCUUACAGAUGCAUAGCAACUGUGAGUGGGGUAAAAAGCAGAAAUGGCAAAGCCCGAGUGAUUAGCAAACUGGAUGAGUAGAUGGGUGUCAGCUAAGCCAUCAGCUGAGCUGCCAAAAUGAUGGUCAUAUGCUUUGUACCAGCAUCUUUUUUCACUCCUGCUUUACAGCCUUAUGGUUCACUUCCUCUCACAUUUCAUUUUGUUGGGCUUUCUUCAUUUAGUGCUGUUUGUUUUUGUGUGUUUUUGUUAAAUAAAGCCCUCCUAUACAUUGUAUGUAAGUGGUAUAAAUGCAGGGCCUAUUAUUAUCCAUUGUUUUUAAUGAAUAUUUACCAACACCAGCACAAAUAUUGAAUUUGAGUUUUGGUUUUGAACAGAUGUAUCUUUUAAAGAAAGCCUACGGGGAAAUGUUUUUUACACAUCAUCUAAAGCAUCAUUGUGGGUGGGUUUUUUUUAGCUAGUUUCCAGAUGUAUAAAACGAUAGAUAUGGACAAACACAAACUGCUAUUUACAAAGAACGUUAUGUGCUGUAAAAACACCUAAACAACCAUUACACACAGAUCAUUUUUACUGGAGAAAGAAAGUCUGAUAGUGGCAAAUUGUGCUUCUUUUCUGCUGCUCUGUAUUAAAUAACUGAAAACUUGAUGUGCAAAAACUCAUUGUUGCACGGAAACAGAGUUGUACAAAAUCUCUUUUGCUGUUCCAACUGGUCCAAACUUCCAGUGGUUUUCCAAAAACAUAAAUGUAACAGUUGUGUAACAGUGCCAGUUUGCUAACUGGAUUAGCACUGUUGAAAAUGUCAUUGUGUUUGACUAAUCAGCAACACUGAGUUUGGAAAAGCUCCAGAAGAUCUAAACAUUCAGUGUGACUGGCACAUGUGCCAGGGGUUGGACUGUCUUUCACACGCAUUCAUUUACAGCGCACCAGUACCAGUAGAUUUACUAAUAAAGAGGUAAAGUAAAUGGAAUUUGAGGAAGGUUACAGGCAAUUAAUUGCAUUGCUGUUUAACAUGUGUCUGUGAUUUGUUGAUGUGGUAGUUGCCAGUUCAUCUGGGAUACAAGUGAGUUAUCAGAGUAAGUGUUUAGUGCCCUGAGAUGUAGCAAAGCUUCGACCUGUAGCUCUUCAGCCCAAAUGUUCAGAGACGGUCCUCGGAUGUUUCUGGUAAAGGUGUUAUUGGGGGUUUUUUCUAAACAGUGAACACAGAAGCCUUUACAUGUUUCACUUUCAAAUGUUUUGCCUCUUUUUUCCCAUAUCAUGUGUUACAUAACAUGCUAAAAUGUCUGUCCACAUAAAGCUAUAAAUACAACUCAGAGCUGAAGUGUAUAAGAGCAAGUCAAAACUGAUAUGUUGAUCAGGUAUCACAGGAUGGAUUUUGUGAUUGUUGCAGGAAUUGUCUGAGAGUCAGAUCCCUUCCUUUGACUUGAAUAAAUUGCUGCAGCCUCGUAUAAUAUGCAGAUUAAAAAAAACUGUUUGCACAUUAAGACAUGUGGCACACUAACUUCAUUAAUGUACUGAUCCGCCUCCAAAACUCGACGCAGUUUCCAUCAGCUUCUCGCAGAAGAACAUCGAGAUCCUCUUUUAGCUGCCUUUCAUUUGGACUGAAUGGCCAUUCUCUUUCCAGGGAGCGAUAAAUUUGUGACACCUGCACUUCUUUUGUUAUCAGUUCACUAAAAAUUGACUACCAAUUUAGUGCUUAGUAAAUCUGGCCUCUGGUGUGGAGAUGCUAAUACUCCAAACUGUGUGGUCAACCCAAAGAAGACUUCACUGAAAUCAGCAGGAACAUGAUGCACAGAAAAUUCAUUCCUGUACCAAAUUUUACAACAAAUGAUCUCGUAGCUUUGGUAUUUCCCAAAGCUGGACCAAAGUUGGUUACCUGAGCGAACAGUGUGGCUCCUUUCCUCGGCUCCUGCUGCUAGCAUGUCUAAUACAUGCAUCAAGUAACCCUCGGAUUUUUUUAACCGCCAUAUUUAUUGUGCUGUGUCACUGAUCUGUCACUGCUUUGUGUUUGAUUGAUUUUUUUGAAAAAGCCAUCCGUUAUUUCUCUAUCCAGCUCAACAUCUGAUGCCAACAAUUGAUAAAGCCCAUACUUGCAACCUUAAACAAAAUGCACGUCAGCCAGUGUGUCUUCUGCCAAAACGCUUUCUGAUUUCAGAGAGGAUGCUUGGUCCUUAAAAGUAUAGAAAUACAAGUACUCACACACUCGUCAUUAAUCAAAGCCCAUAUAUUCUGCACUGUAUAUGACACACACUAAAUGAAACAAACAGUAAUUUACUUGAGAUGAAGAUUCAGCCUAAUGUACAACAUGGUGCCUACGUGGAGGGGAGAAACUACAUAACUGUAUAAAAUCUAUGUCUUGUCUGGUGCUUAAUUCUGUGUUUAAGUGGGGUUUUGUGUAUAUCAUAGCAGACCAUUUUGCUCAUUUAUCGUACUGACAAACCCUAUGGACUCGUGCUGGGGGAUCAAGUUGUAUUUUGUACCCAAUCAAACUGAUUGUGGAUAUUUAAUUCUGUGAAGAAGCCAGCUGUCCAAUCCUUUGCUUCCUCCAUUGCCAUGCCUUUAUCUGUUGAAAAAAAACGAGCUUGUCUCUACACCACAGCAUCACCAGAUAUGUAAUAUGCACUUGUUGUUUUAAAGAAAGUAGCUAAUAAGCUUUUGUAAGGGUGUUCAGAUGCAGUUAGAGAACUACUGGUUGUCUGAAACAUAGCCAAAGCCACCUUCCAUGUCUCUUACAAAUAUGUUGUUUCUUACAAGCAGGUUGUUGUGUUACCUGGUAGUACUUCCCUCAGUGUCUUGAAGGGACUGAAUUCACAUGUGUUUUGUUUCCUACUUCUCUUAACUGUAUUUCACUGCAAAGUCUUGCCAGGUUGCAAAGCUGCUAUGAGGCAGUGAUCGGAGAGAAGAACCUUGUGUACAUUUAAACAAAAGACAGCUGAUGUAUUUGUAAUAUGUACAUGAAUAAAUAGCUUUUUCUAUGAAUUCAUAAUACAAUGUACAUUAAACCCCUUGAUAAUAAACCACAAAUUGUGAUAUUUAACACCA